AGAAAACUCUCUCAGUGUUUCUCCCAUCUUCGUCUAAACAAGUACUAGAAUUAGGAUAAAUCAAAAAUAUAAAUGUCGCGGCAAAUUUUUAUAUUACAAGUGUUAAUUUUGAUAUUUUAUUUUGCCAUCCUCUUAGCGCAAGAAGGCGAAUAUAAAUUUUCUAAUAAAAAUGCUGACUACGUGGUUGUUAAUGACAUGAAAUCAUGGGAGGACGCUAAGAAAUAUUGUAAAGAAAAAAAAAAUAUGCAACUAGUUUCUUUCGAGACACAAGAAAAAAUGGUUAAAUUCAUUAUUUAUUUGUAUAAAAGAGAUUUUAUACAAAGCCAAAAAGUACAUCCAAACAGUACUUUUGUAUUCGCUUAUUGGACAUCUGGUAACAAUCUAGAAAAUCCCAAUAGAUUUAUAUGGGACACCGUUCAGAUGCCAGUAGAAUAUUUUCAUUGGCUGAACAAGCACGAAGAAGCGCCUGGGGGCAAGGGCUGCAUUCUAAUGGGUUUAAAGACUUUUGGACGCUGGACGAAUGCCUCGUGUGAUACGCCUAAUCUUUUUGUCUGCGAGAAGCCUCAUUAAAUAUGCAUUUCAUUUAAAUAACAAAAUAAUUGUACGAAGGUGGGAAAUAAAAAAAAUAAUGAUAGAAAACAGGCAAUGUUUAUGUAAAAAUAAAAUUUUCUUGCUAAAAUAGUAAGGCAAUCCCGAAAUUUGCUAUUAUCGCAAAAUUGCAGACUAGAAUUUAUUUAAAAUUAAAAUUUUAAAAUAUAUGAUUACUCAAAAUCCUUUAACCCUAAGGUAAUACCAUAAAACCGAAAUCUUCCAAUCCCG